CUUAUUCAAGAUAUGCAGGACCUCUGAAGUCUGUCUACUCCGUGAAAUACGCAUUAAAGGUCAAGGAUAUUUCCCCUGGUGGAUAAACCGGAUCUUCCCCCACACUCCUUUGAAGGUGACUCCCACGCAGAGGCAUCAACAUCAUGGCGUGUUAUUUAGUGUAAUAACAAAGACUUAAAGUGACAACAGAGAGGUAACGAGCUGGAAAAGAGCUGCCUGUUUUCUUCAGCCUUGGCGUCUGUUUUGGUUCCCAGAGGAAAAUGAAGUGGAGUGUGUGCAGCUGCUUUGGAUCCUGUCUGUUCUUCAUCCUCAGACUCCCAGUUUCUACAGGUCAGUCUUGGGUGAUUGGCUCACCGCAGCCAAUAGUAGCAUUAGCUGGUGAUGAUGUCAUUCUGCCGUGUCACCUUGAACCAGCCAUCAGUGACUUUUCCGACACGGUGGAGUGGACCAGAGAGGACCUGGACCCACCGUACCUCCAUGUUCACCAAAGUGGUCGUCUGCUGGUUCAGUUACAAAAUCCACUGUAUAAGUACAGGACCAUACUGUUUGUGGAUGAACUGAAGAACGGAAACGUCUCGCUGAAACUCUUCACAGUGACCAUCUCUGAUGAGGGGAGAUAUUUGUGCUUCAUUCCCUCAAUGCGGAGAGGAGAUUUCAUUCAGCUCAAUGUUGGUGUUGCCUCCUCUCCUGUCCUCAAUGUGAGCAAAAGCAGCAGUGGAGUGGUUUUAGAGUGUGAAAGUAAAGGCUGGUACCCAGAGCCUGAGCUGUUUUGGCUGGACGCUGAGGGAAAGCUCCUCUCUGCUGGAGCUCCAGAGACAGUCAGAGGUCCUGAUGGCCUCUAUACUGUCAGCAGCAGAGUGACUGUGGAGAAGAGCCACAGCAACAGCUUCACCUGCAGGGUUCAGCAGCUCAGCAUCAACCAGAGCAGGGACACACACAUCCACGUCCCAGGUGAUUUCUUCAUGGACACACCUACAGCUCAUUUUAAUUGUUCUGCUGCUUAUAUCAUCACUGGCUUUGCUGUUUUCUUCUUUCUGUGUGUUUGUGUUGCCUUUUGUGUUUACAAAUGGAAACCAAAAAAACUUGAGACCCAGUACAGAGAAAUAUACAUUGAGGAGAGAAAUAGCAAUGAACAUGAACAGUUACUAAAAGAGAUCCACAGCUAUCUAUUGGACAGAAAAUCGGAACUUGAGAGAGAGCUAAAGGAGAUAGAACAACGGUGGUUUCCUUCAAAAGAGAAGAUUGGAACCCGACUGGCCUUUGGGGGUCCUCGUAGCCACCAGCUGGCCAGGCGCCGGCUUGCUGGUCAACAGCGUGCUAGUCGCAGCCCAGCCAUCAGCCUCGGCAGCCUGGCAAGCUUAGCCCGGAGCCCCAGCAGCCCAUACCUCGAACCCAAGUGGCUGCCCCAGUCCCAGUUCCCAGGUCCAGACUGGCUGCCCCGGUCCCGGUCACAGUCCCCCGUGCUGGAUCAGCUUCCCCGGCACCAGUCCCAGUUCCCCGAACCGGACCGGCUGUCCCAGUCCAUGUCACAGUCACAGAACCUCAAGCCGCACCAGUCCCAGUUUCCCGAACUGGACCCAUUGCCCCAGUCCAUGUCACAGUUUGCCGAGCCCGACCGGCUGUACCGGACCCGGUCUUGGUUCCUGACCCAGUACCCCGAACCGGACUGGCUGCCCCUGUCCCAGUGCCCCGAGCCAGACUGGGUGUUCCAGCCACUGCCCUUGUCCCAGUUCCCCAGCACCACCUCGUCCAUGGUCCCCUGCGCCCUGGCCGUCCGCCAGAGCACCGCCUCGUCCAUGGUUCUCAGUACCCUGCCUGUCCGCCAGUGCACCAUCUCGUCCAUGGUCUUCUGCCCUCCGGCUGUCCGCCAGACUUUUGCAUGGACAUUUUGUUUGUUUUGGCCUCCUCCUCCCCCCGUCUUAUGA